AAGAAUCUGAAAAUGAAUUAGGGUUUUAAUGUUUAAUGAAUUUAAUUAAAUAGCAAUUAGAAAAUGUUGUGUUUUGUUUCAAUUAAACAUUCCUUUAAUCUGAGAGAAACUCAUUGUUGUUUGUUUGUUAGAAGAAUUUAAGUGCUGUGCAAGAACAAUGGCUGCUUCUGCAGAAGUAAUCGGCCCCGAAAAAUCGAGUCCGACCGAAGAAUGGACCGUCGUGCUGCCGCGUCGCGGCAAAAAGAACAAACUCGUAAUCCCGAAACGAGAAAAAGAAGUGCAACUAUGGAAGCCGCUAGACCUCGAAACGGAUCCCGAACGAGAGUCGAAGCUUUUGCAGAAGAUGCGUAUUUGUAUCGAGAAACUCGAGAACUCCGAAUUUUGCAAUUCCUUAUUCGCCCAAAUGCAGGAUCCCGAAGUUUCGGAUAAAUUUCUCAAACUUUCGGGCACCGGAAAAAAGAUGGAGAUGGUAAUUUACGGUAUUGGCAGCAUUGAAUCGUUCGAAUCCCCUCGAUUGCAGCUCGGUCUCGCCAUUUUAAUAAAGAGGAAACUCGAUUGGAUUGGAGAAAUACAAGUGUUCGAUCCGAUAAUUUCCAUGACAGAAUCGAAGGUUUUGACUUCACUAGGUUGCUCUGUUCUAUCGAUAAACGAGCAAGGUCGAAGAAAAGCUAUUGAGCCUACUCUGUUCUUUAUGCCGCACUGCGAGGCGGAAUUGUACGACAAUUUAUUGGAAGCGAAUUGGGGAGCCGAUAAUUUGAAUCGGGUUGUGAUUUUCGGGAAUAGUUUCGGUGAAUAUGAGCGGAUUGUGUCUCUUAGUCAGAGGUCGAUUCGGAAACAUUCGUGGAGGCAUAUUUUGGCUGUUAAGGGAAUUACUGAAGAGUUUGGAAUCGAUACUUCAUUUUCCGAUGAAUUUUUUCGAGCAUUUAAUGGUUCGAGUUGGCAUUUUUUCAGCUCCGGUAAUGGGGCUCAUUUGGAGAAGAUGUAAAUCAUGAUAGGUUUUUUUAUUUGUGUAAUUUGUUUGAUACUAAUCAUAUUUGUAUUUGUGUAUCAGAUCUUAUAUCUGGUGAAAUACAUUAUUGCGGUUUUAAGCCAUAGAUUCAUCAUAAAUAACUACUCACUAAGCACACAUACAAAUGGGUCUGUGUGUCAUUAUGUGUAAA